AUGUCGAAGUCGAUGCCGGCGUCGAAGUCGGAGGUCGAGGUCGAUGUGGGUGUCGGUUUCGGUAUCGGCGUUGGCGUUGGCGUUGGCGUCGGCGUCGGCGUCGCACGGGAUUGGAGCAAGGCGAGGCUGGGCUGUCAGAGUGCGAGUGUGGCGUGGGGCGUGACGGGCUUGAGUGAGGGAGUGGUCGCGAUGGUGUUCUGGUCCUGA